CUCCCGCAAACUUCCAAGCAAACAAUGACUGAGCGUAACUUUAUCUCUCCUCCAAGUCCCAGAUAAGUGGCGGUGCUGAUAUACGCAGCAGUAUUUCAAGAAGAUUUAUUCAAGAGUUGCACAUACUAAAGUACGCAAUGGGAAUCAAAAAUACUGGCAAACUAGCCGGCCGCACACUUUUCAUCACCGGAGCUUCGCGAGGCAUCGGCAAAGCGAUCGCACUGAAGGCGGCCCGUGAUGGGGCGAACGUGGUAAUUGCGGCGAAAACGGCCGAUCCGCACCCGAAGCUACCGGGGACGAUCUACACGGCGGCUGCUGAAGUGGAGGCUGUCGGUGGUAGGGCACUCGCCUGCAUCGUUGACGUGAGGGAUGAAGCGGCUGUGCGUGCGGCUGUACAGGCAGCGGUCGCAAAAUUCGGUGGAAUCGAUAUUGUGGUAAACAAUGCGAGUGCCAUCUCGCUGACGGGGACGGAGCAGACGGAGAUGAAGCGGUAUGAUUUGAUGAACGGUAUCAACGCCAGGGGAACGUUUUUGGUUUCCAAGGAAUGCUUACCUUAUCUGAAGAAGAGCAAUCACGCUCAUAUCCUAAACAUUUCGCCGCCCUUGACCAUGACUCCGGAAUGGUUCGGAAAGCAUGUCGCCUACACCAUCGCAAAGUUCGGGAUGUCCAUGUGUGCACUGGGUAUGGCCGAUGAGUUCCGUAAGGAUGGAAUAGCUGCUAAUACGUUGUGGCCUGCCGCUUCCGUCCAUACGGCCGCAGUCGAUAUGCUGUACGGUAAGGGAGCGGAGCUCGUGUCCCGAAAUCCGGAAGUAAUGGGUGAUGCAGCUUACGCUAUUUUAUCGAGAGAUCCACGCUCCUGUACCGGGAACUUCUUCAUCGACGAAGACGUGCUGAAGCAGGAAGGGGUCACCGAUUUUGGAGAGUAUUCCUGCAUUCCGGGCAACGAAAAGAUACUUCGAAUGUGCAUUUUUGUAGAUAAAGUACAGAGAUCAAAACUGUAAUCAAUGAUAA